AGCCAAAGGAAAGUAUGAAAGAUUUUAACGAUCUCUACAAUUAGAUGUUGAUUCGGCCAAUCUUCUUCAGAUCCAUGAUGGGGUUUGGGUAAAUGGGUUCUGUGUAUUGCAGCGAAAGCUGUGGCCUUUCAGUGGCAAUCUCUCUGGCUGACAUGCAUGAAUGUGGAGCAACAAGAGUUUCCAUCAACGCCGGAGCGAUACCGGAAAAGAACAUCGGGUUGAAAACAGUGAAGAUUUCGCCCGGCUUCAGGAUCAACCCAGAUCUGCAUUUUGGUUAUUCAUGGAGGAGUUUUGCCAAGACAUGCCAUGAUGGAGAUGAAAUUGAUGUUGAUAGGAGAGGGUUUGAGACCUCGAGAAACAUGUCUAAAAUGAUCCAUGGUCUGUGUCCAAGAUUCCGCCACUCUCUGCAAUUCGGUUCUUCACCUACUCAUUCACAGAAUAAGGAAGCUAUCCAAAAUUGCACACCUCUUCUACGCCAAUUACCCAUCUCUUCUUCGCCAAAUGAAAGAAUCGGCAUUGCACCGAUCUAUCUUUAUCUCUUCGUCACCAAGGAGUUCUACACCGAAUGAAAGUUUGGAAUGUUCAAGAUUGCAAUAAUGCUUUAUUCGAUUGAAAUUAUUCAACGGUGCAAGAAUCCCCGAAAAUUUACAUAUUAAAUUUUUUUAUUCUAUUUUUAAAAUACAGGAGUUAAAAUGGUAAAUUUGAAUGUAAUUGGAGUCAAUGAAGGGGAUAUCAGUUGAUAGAAACGUUUCUUUCUGCGAUGCCAGAGCACGGGUAGAGCCAAGAUAGAUUCGUUUCCUUCUUAAACAUACGGGAUGCAACAUAUAUGAAGCAAAAAGCUAUAGUUAUAGGUGGGACCAUUGUCAGUGUUUUCAGAUUUCACCCCAAAUUUGGUGAAGCAGUAUAUGACUGCAUCCAAAGUUUACUUGGACAUUUUCAUUGAUAAAGUUGCUACCGUGAUAAGCAAGGGGAGUGUGUACUAGGGCUUGAUUCUAUGGGGCUUUGGAUGAAAAUCUAAUCUUCAUUAAAGUUAUGUGCUCUUGAAAAGAUGACUAGAUUCUAUGGCUCUGCUUUUUUGUCUUGCUUCACCUCUGCGUUUAUCUACUCUAAAGUGGUCCUGUUAGGUGUUUCUUUUCUUGAGCGUGAACGAAGGUAUGUUACGUUGGUUGGGCAUAAUGGUUAAAGGGAUAUUGGUUACUUUAUUGCUCGUGAGAAUGACUUUUAUUGAAGUUAAAUGCCUAGAAGAAUAUGAUUGUCAUCACUGGAAGUUACGAUUCCCAUAACUUUGCACCAAGGUUAUCAUUUGAGACUUAAUUCUCCUAUAAAAAUUGAACAAAUAGGUGGUCAAUCUGUGAUCACAAUAAGUGCUUAUGUGCUUCAUCCAUUUAGACACUAUAUUUGAUACUCUUUUUAUUGCAUUUCUUCUUAAAUUCUAGACUUUAUUCACUUUAAUACAUGAAUAUUGUUUUAAAAAUUAAUUCCCACCCCCUCGAGACAAAUAUAAGAAUUAUCAUUAUGGAUCAAUAUUUAAUAAAACACCUUGGUUCCCAAUGUCAUGGGAACCGGCCUCUUAAUAAAAUUAAUAUUUUGUGGCAGGACUUGAUUGCAGGUUUUAUCGAUGUUGAAGACAACCGAAUGUCGCGACUUGGAGAUAGUAUAUUCAGUUUCACGCCAAUGAAAAGAACACAUGAAGAAGAACCCGAUCUUGAAGAUGGAUACAAGUCGGUUACUUAGUUGAAGAGUGUCAAGAUCGAAGAAAAAUAAUAUUAUAUUUGAUUUGUUGAUGACUUUUGUUUUAUGGUUUGACUUACAUGGUUACACUACACCAUCUAAAAGUAUGUAGAUGAACUUAUGGUUUAGUCU